GUCACAAUAUUGUAUUUGUGUGUGUUGACAGUUGUGAUUAAUCGAAAUCGAAAUUUGAAUCAAUUAAAACGGUAUAAACAAAAAUCAUGUUCAAUCUAAUUCGUUUAGCAAUGAGAAUUUAUGAUCAAGCAAUCAAUAGACAAAAUUCACCAGAACCAUCGAGGCCGAAGCCAAGAAUGCCGUUUCGACGUUAUAAUUCUUGUUCAAUUCUACAAAAUUUACCCACAAAACAAAAUCCUGUUGAUUCGGUUUCGGUAUUGUUGGAAUUAGGGCCACUAUCAUCAUCCGAUUCGAAUUUAUUCAAAAAGCCAUAUCCCGUUAAGAAGAAUUCUAAAACACCAUUUGUUUUUAAAAAGCCGGAUAAAAAUAAAACACCGAUAUUAUUGUUUCAAAAGAAAACAGAUACAAAACCUAUUAAUGAAGUUAAACUAAAGAAACUUAAAAAACUUAUCAAACCGAUUGAACCAAUUAAAGAAUAUUAUUAUUUUCCGCCUACAAAAACUCCUGAAUUUGUAGUAGAAGAAACAAUAAUUUCUGAAGCACCAAUACAAUCGAAUCCAGAUCUACAUUCGGACAAAUUAACAACAGAAAUGGAUUAUGAUUCUGGAGACGAAACAAAAAUCGGAAAGGAAUAUUGUAUCAGUUCGAAUUCUGAGGUUAUGAUCAAUAAUUAAGCAAACUCAUGAUUAACAAUCGAUUAUGGUUGUUUUGUUUUUGAUCAAUUAAUAAUUUCUCUCUCUCUCUCUCUCUCGCUCUAUC